CGAGCAUCAUGUUUCAGGACAAACAACUAUCACCUGUGGCCGCCAGAACAGUUUCAUCAGUGGGCUCAAGGGAGUCAGACAGGCCUGCUACAAAUACACAAACGACAACCUUACUCAAGACACACAGCUGUGGUCAAGGAUGGAGUGUAUGCCAGUGGUGGUUGAACCCGAGCCUGACAUUGAAGCCCCUGCGAGUGCCCAGCCGGUGCUGGAAGAUAUUGGUGAACCAGAAGAGGACCUGCAUGUGAAGCUGGCACGCCCGCAGCAGCAGGUCGUAACACUCACAGAAUGUAACACCUACCUUCAAGCAGAGCUUAGUGGUAUUAAGUCUCGUCUUUUGAGCUUAGAACUGAUACAAAACGACGCUGAGUGCCGGUACUACACUGGAUUCCCAAACUUUGGUGUCUUCCAAGCUCUUUUUGAUUUUUUGUUCCCUCGCGCCUCUGCGAUGAUGUACCGGGGCAGUAUGGAAAAAAAGUUGAAUCAAAAACGUGGACGAAUGCGACAGAGAGAGCUCAUGGAAGAGUUUUUCAUGGUCCUCGUCAAGCUUAGAAAUGGCAUGUCCGGAAGGGAGAUAUCUCGCAAUUUUGGGACAUCAGAGUGCAGUUUCAGUAAGAUAUUUGUUACAUGGAUCAAUUUUCUUCAACGAGAGCUAAAAAACAUUACGCGCUUCCCAACAGUUGCACAGAUAAAGCCCUAUCUACCUGACGUAUUCCAGGAGUUCCCAAACACGAGGUUAGUACUCGAUGUAACGGAAGUUCGAAUUCAGAGGCCACCAUCUCUGAAUGUACAAGGGCAAACCUUUUUGCACUAUAACACGUACAAGGUAGUCGUUGGAUGUACCCCAGAUGGCUACAUCAGCUACGUGUCAAAACUUUGGGGUGGGUCGGUAUCUGAUGCCCAUAUAGUGCAGAAAAGUGGAGUUUUUGAUAGCCUUGAACCUGGUGAUGGUAUACUGGUGGACAGAGGCUUUAACUACCCCUGUGUUCCUCAGGGAAUUGACAUAUACAGUCCACCCUUUCAGAGUAGAGGAGAAGCCCAAUGUCGCGAAGCAUUGCUGAGCACAAGAAGGGUGCCGAGUGCUCGGGUUCAUGUUGAGCGUGUAAUCAGAAGAGUGAAAGAAUUUCACAUCCUUGACAAGCCCUUUCCCAUCAACAUGGUCGAUAUAGCAGAGCACAUAUUCCAUGUAUGUUGUUAUCUGAGCAACUUCCGCUGCCCUUUAAUUAGGGAUAGCCUUGAUGACCCAUAACAUUGGUAUUUCAUGUACACCAAUGCAUACAAUCCACAUGGACACAAAUGCUGUAGGCAAUAAUGAAUGAACUUUAUGUAUAAUAAAAUACUUGCAAACA